AGCAGCUGGAUUUCUGGGAGCUGACUGAAAAUGGAGGGAAUGGGUGGAAGGUGGAGGACAUGCCAGGAGACUGCGGUCAUGAUUUCUGCAAUGAAGAAGUGACUAAAUACUUUGCAACCUCCUUUGAGCUUUGCUUGAAGAGGCAGGUGAUCGACCUGAUCGAGGAGGGUUACACCUCAGAACAACUGGACGCUCAGCCUGUUGUCACAGCAGAAGAAUGGUACUGUGGAAGAACAGAUUGUGGCUGCACAUAUCAGAUUACUGUCUGUCUGCUGGGCGAGAAUCAUGACAUCAUUCAGGAGUUCAAACCUGACUCAGUGGAACUGGACCCACAGCAAGACUGCUCAUGGAAACAG